CAGGGAGGGAGGGUAGGGCUGGUGGGUCAGUUUGCAGCUUUCUCUGAAUACUUCUCACAAGCUAAUUCAGAGUUACUAAACAUAUAGUCUGUGCUAGUGCUAGAGGAGAGAGUGUGGCAUUUAGUAGGGGAGUUGCUGUGCAGUAUUUUUCCUCCAGGUUUCUAUUUCCUUUUGGUUGUCCUCUGGGAUACGAAAGAGCCAGGAUCACAGCAAGUUCUUACUUUUAGGAAUAAGGUCAAAUCCUGUUUUUUUUUUUUGUUCUGGAACUUUUUCCAUUUUUCCAGUGUAUUGAUAUUCUGUGUGGAAUGUCCUUUUGCAGAUGCCCACUGGGAAUUCUGUGGAGAUCUGAAGCUGGCGCAAUGUCUCAGCUCCUGCACAUGGAGAUUCCCAACUUUGGCAGUGCAGUGCUGGACAGCCUGAAUGAGCAGAGGCUGUUGGGCCAGCACUGUGACGUGGCCAUUAUGGUGAAUGGGCAGGCCUUUAAGGCCCACCGUGCCGUGCUGGCCGCCAGCAGCCUUUACUUCCGUGACCUCUUCAGUGACAGCAGCCAGACUCUGUUCGAACUGCCCUCUUCGGUGGCCCCGUCCUGUUUCCAGCAGAUUCUGUCUUUCUGUUACACCGGCAGGAUGACAGUGACAGCCAGUGAUCAGCUCAUGGUCAUGUACACAGCCGGUUACCUGCAGAUCCAGAACAUUGUAGAGCGUGGGAUGGACUUGAUGUUCAAGGCCAAUGCUCCAUUCUGUGACUCGCAGACAUCUGCCACAGACGAUCCUCCCAGCCCAAACAACAACAACGCCUCACUGUUGCUAGGCGACCGGCCUACGGCUGUCUGUAAAAUUAAAGAGGAGAAGCUGGAGACCCCUGUGUGUACUCAGAGCGGCGAGCUCAAGCAAACCGAGGAUGAUGCCAAGGGACUCAGGAGUAGAUCUUUGAGGGGGAGUACACUUUUCUACACCACUGGUGCUGGAAACGGGACGCUGAGUGUUGUUCACCCGUAUGAGCAUUCAUCAAGAGAUCACUCAAGCCCCGGAGCCUCCAGCCUGCCCACCACGGACAGCCCCACUUCCCAUCAGAACGAGGAAGAAGACUUUGAAGAUGACUCAUAUGACAACCUUACCAGUGGGAAGAUCUAUGGUGUCUCGGCGAGUCUCUAUGGCAGUAAAUUGCAUGAGAAGAUGGAGGUGUCCUCCCUGCCUCCAUCCCUGGAGAGCCGCUUCUGCACGUUGCUCGGAGGGGACAGAGAAGCUCUUCCUGCUGGACUUAUCAGUCAGAUCGGCUACCGCUGCCACCCUGCACUCUACACAGAGGGAGAUCCAGGCGAGAGGCUGGAGCUGAUUGCAGGAUCUGGUGUGUUCAUGACACGUGGGCAGCUGAUGAAUUGCCACUUGUGUGCUGGGGUCAAGCACAAAGUCCUUCUCCGACGCCUGCUUGCUGCUUUUUUUGACAGGAACACACUGGCAGACAGCUGUGGGACAGGCAUCCGCUCCUCCAAUUGUGAUCCCAAUCGCAAACCUCUGGACAGCCGCAUACUCAACACAGUCAAACUUUACUGUCAGAACUUCGCCCCAAACUUCAAGGAGAGUGAGAUGAAUGUGAUCGCCGCAGACAUGUGUACCAACGCACGCCGGGUUCGUAAGCGCUGGCUGCCCAAGAUCAAGUCUAUGCUGCCCGAGGCUAUUGAGGUGUACAGGGGCUCUGUGGUGUUAGGCCAGGUAGACGGAGUCACCCAGCCCAGUCCUUCCUUCCUGUUUGAGUCCGAUUUCAAACACCUGGCCCAGGCAAACCUAACUCUGGAGCAGCAUCUCUAUGGUGACUGCAGAGAGACACUGAGAAAUCACUUCCCCGGAGUCGUUAUAGAGGAAAGAGCCAUCACAGAGACGAACAAGGCUGAAGUGCUGCGAUCACGCUCUGUGGACAAUCCAGAAGAUGGGGCUCCGAGGCAUCUGGAGAACUCAGAGAGAGAAGGGACAGUCCUCGCCAUUAACCCGGCCAGUAAGAGAGUUGACGGGGACAGUAGCAGCCCCAAAAGCCAACCAGAGGAACACAGUGAAGAGCAGGCACUGGUAGAAGACCAGUGAGUUCUCCUUUUCCACACCAUUCUAACCUCAUCUAUUCUUCAAACAAGGAGUGCUAUCACUAAUUAUAUGGCUUCAUGCCACUUAAAUAACAUGUCAAAAUGUGCACGAUGGACAUUGACAUGCAAUGAAUAUAUCAGAGAACUUCAAUGACAAAUACAGCAUUUUGCAAAAAGCUGUAAGUGCUAAUGCAGUAAUUUAUCAUAAGUAAUACUCUCUCUUACAUGCACACAUACAAACAUACACACACAUAUGCAUAUACACACACAUAUAUACAUUAAUACAUGCGAACAUCCGACUGAGUGGAUUGUUAUGCAUGUGAUGCUCAGCAUUUUACUGACUACUUCCCUCUGAAUGACCUUUACAAUACAAAUGGACAACUGGUUCAUGUUCAUGGACCACUGCAUGGCAAGAAAAAAAGCUGAACCUGUUCAUUAACACAACAUACAUUGCUUCAGAUAUCAAAGCUAUACUGUUGGUUUUGGACUAUAACAGGAGGAGAGCAUAAAGAUACUUUAUUUAAAAAAAACAAUAAAAAAAACAGCUGACUGUGGGACUGCUGACUUGAACACAGAGUAGGAAGCAGAACAGAGAACAUCAGUUCUCUGGAGAGAGAAAUGCUGGACUCUCACUUUCUCCUCCCAUGCUCUUUUUUCCUCUUUAUUCGCUUGGGCUCAAGCUGCUGUAUUGUACAUGCUUGCCUGAUUUUUGCAUAUCAGCUGGUCUGGAAAAUUG